GACGAUGAGCGCAGCCUAUGAGGGAAGGAAGCUGGAGGAUGGGUUUUAUGAUGCUCGCAGUGAGAAAAUGAAUUCGUGCUGAGCUGGAGCAAACUUAUUUAAACUGGUCUGGUGAUGAGACUAAAACACAGAGGGACUUAAAUCAUCCAAAUCUGAUUAAUAGCUACAGUGUCACAAUCUGUGGUAAACUGGUCCUGAGCUUCAAGUGAGUCCAAAAGCAGCAUCAGCAGGGGCGAUGGGAGGUGGAGGACAGCAGACUGAGCCUGCAGAGCCAGGCAGCGGGAAAGCUUCAGGUGUUUACACCUGGGAGGAGGUGCAGAAACACUGCAGCAGAAAGGACCAGUGGCUGGUGGUCAACCGAAAGGUUUAUAACAUCACCCAAUGGGCCAAACGGCAUCCAGGAGGGUCUCGGAUCAUCAGCCACUAUGCUGGAGAGGACGCCACGGAGGCUUUCAGUGCCUUUCAUCCAGAUCUGAAGUUUGUGCAGAAGUUUCUGAAGCCUCUACUGGUCGGAGAGCUGGCGGUGACAGAGCCAAGCCAGGACGAGGGAAAAAACGCAGCCAUCAUAAAGGAUUUUGAGUCUUUGCGCGCCCAGGUGGAGAAGGAAGGACUUUUUAAAGCCAAACCUUUGUUCUUCUGCCUCCAUCUGGGUCACAUCCUGUUGCUGGAGGCCCUGGCCUGGCUGAUGGUCACGUACUGGGGGACGAGCUGGACGAUGACGCUACUGUGUGCACUGAUGCUGACAAUAUCUCAAUCACAGGCUGGAUGGCUGCAGCAUGACUUUGGUCACCUUUCUGUCUUCAAGAAGUCAAGGUGGAAUCAUUUGGUUCACAAGUUUGUCAUUGGACACUUAAAGGGCGCUUCAGCCAACUGGUGGAACCACCGACAUUUCCAGCAUCACGCCAAACCAAACAUCAUGAAGAAAGAUCCCGACGUCAACAUGUUGGCUGUCUUUGUACUGGGAAAGACUCAACCAGUGGAGUACGGCAUUAAGAAGAUCAAACACAUGCCCUACAAUCACCAGCACAAAUACUUCUUUCUCGUGGGACCUCCGCUGCUCAUACCGAUUUAUUUUCACAUGCAGAUAAUGAACACCAUGAUUACUCGUCGUGACUGGGUGGACUUGGCUUGGUCCUUGUCGUACUACUUUCGCUAUUUCUACUGUUAUUCCCCUCUGUACGGCUUUCUUGGCUCAUUUGCACUCAUGAUGUUUGUCAGGUUUUUAGAGAGUCACUGGUUUGUGUGGGUAACUCAGAUGAAUCACAUACCAAUGGAGAUUGAGUAUGAGAAGAACCAGGACUGGCUGACCAUGCAGUUACAAGCCACAUGUAAUAUUGAGCAGUCCCUGUUCAACGACUGGUUUAGUGGACACCUCAACUUCCAAAUCGAACACCAUCUGUUUCCCAUGAUGCCGCGCCACAACUACCACCUGGUGGUCCCGCGGGUCCGUGCAAUGUGUGAGAAGCACGGGGUCCCUUAUGAAAUUAAGUCUUUGUGGCGAGGAAUGGCUGAUGUUGUCAGCUCAUUGAAAACUUCGGGGGAACUCUGGCUCGAUGCGUAUCUUCAUAAGUGAUGAAAUUUUCUAAAUGGACUGAGAUUUUUCUCUAUCCGAUCUGUGUGGCUGAAAAUCAAGUUAUACCUCUGACUUUGUUGGUGUUAAAUUAGAACUUUAGAGGGUUGUUUUUUGGGGGUUUUUUGUGCCUUUUUUAAUAACAGAGUUACUAUGUUUACCGUGCAUGAAGCAUUUAUUAUAUUUCUUUUUUUUGAUUAACCGUAGUGGAAUGUGAACUGGACAAUACAGUAAAUUAAUUUAUUUUCUUGUUAAGAAAAUCAAUGAAAAAUGAAUAAUUUUUAAUACAGACAAACAUAAAAGAUUUUUUUUAAUCCAAAACAUACAAUAUAAACUUUCUUCUGUCAGUCCUUCAGCUGUAACUGUAAUUGAUCUUCGAAUAAACAAUGAAAUGCU